AUGUCGAAACGCAAGACCCUGUCAGCCGUCAAGGGCAAGGGCAGCAAGAUGGAACUUGCACCCACCGAGUCCCUCAAGACGAUGGAGGAAUUUGCGGCAGAGGAUUGGCACCAACACUUACAACCCAAGGCACUCGCUUUUCGGCACUCGCUGGCCAGCAAUGCUCGCGACACCAUCGGGCUGCUUGAUAUGACGAACCCAAAGACAUUGCUACCCUUUGUCUUGCAUCACCGACUGUACGAGAACUUUUUCCGCACCCCAGCGACCGUCAGUGAAGCGCGCAUCAGCACGACCAAAGUUCUGGCCCCGCUCGAGUCUGUUGCCCGGGUCGCUCCGUUGGCGCAGGCCUUAACUGCUUCAGAAGUUCGCGAUCACCUCAAGGCUCAAAAGAGCAGCAGCAACAGCAACAGCACCAACAACAGCAGCAGCAGACUCAACCUACCCGAUUACAUCAUGGGGUACGCAGCGCGACCCAAACCCCGAACCUGGCAUGAGCACCCCCGGCGAGCCAACGAGGGUGCUUCGCAAAUAAUUUCAACGUAA